AUGGAGGACACAAAACCUUCCGUUCAAUUCCGCUUUUCCGGCCAAAUCAAUGGCCUUCGAUUCAAUUGUCGCCCGCCAUGGAUUUCACCAGUUAUUCCGCAGCUUUCCGCGAUGGCGAUUCAACUACUGCCGGCAAUCUUUGUACAUUUUGUUGUACGCGUUUGUUUUGUGUGGACAGAAACUCUUUAUCUCUUUGAUAUGGAAACCAGUGGAAAGCAAUUAAGUCCCGGUCUUCUUCGCACUGUUCCUUCUUGCUAAGAAACAAUCAGAGCUUCCUCCAAGCAGUGAACUGAGAGACUAACAGAUAUCAAUGGCGGCUGCUGCUCCUCCUUCUUCUCCUUCAUUUAAUCAUCCUGGCUCCUCCUACUACUACUCCGGGAAAUGGGAAUACGACGUCUUCUUGUGUUUCAGAGGUGCCGAGAAAAUCAGAGUCUUCAUCGACGACAUGCUCGAUAAAACCGAGAGCAUCGACGAGCUAAUCCCCGUCCUCAAAAGAUCCGCACUCUCAAUUGUGAUUUUCUCGGACAAGUUCGCAGAUUCGAGCUGGUGCUUGGAUGAGGUGGCCACCAUUUCUCGAGUUCGGACACCGGGUGCUUCCGGUUUUCUACAGAGUUGAUCCAUCAGAUGUAUCAGAAGAUUAUGGAAGUUAUGCUGCCGCCAUUGAGCAGCAUCAUUGGAGCUAGCGAAUCUGCAGAAGAAGAUAGGAAGAGAUGGAUGGAUGCUCUGAAAACUGUGGCUAAUUGUGCUGGCUAUACUUCACAGGCAAUCAAGUAAGUCUUCCUUACUUUCCUAGUUAAGUGCCAACCUUGUUACUAAUAGUAAUUGCUUCUCUCAAGAUGACUUCCCUUUUCCUCAACUGGAGUUUUGUUUUUCCGUUUUCCUUUUGGGUUGUAGGGUAGAUUCUGAACUAGUUGAGGCGAUAGUUAGUAAUGUUCCGAUAAGACUCGCAGAAAUUUCACAGAGAGUGAAGUUUGACCACUUAAUCGGAAUGGAUGCUCGAGUUUCUGAGGUUGAACAAUUAUUAGCUAUGAGUGAAGAUGAUUUUCGCAUAAUUGGUCUAUGGGGGAUGGGUGGUGUAGGAAAGACUACUCUGGCUAAAGCUUGCUAUCAAUCAUUCGUAUCUUCUGGAAAAGAAAUGAAGCAUCACUUUGUUCACAACAUCAACGAGAAGAAUCAAUCUGAAAUCGAAGG